UAAAAAUGUCACCUCUCUAAGUUACGAAUUUUCGAAUGUUUACCUUCCGUAUUUAGCAGAGUGUUCGGUGUUGAGCGAAGAAAUUUUCCUGAUUCCAUUACAAACAUUUCUUUCAUUCAUGUCAUUCCAGUAUAAGCAGUUAAGAUCAAAUGUUGUUUAAAAUUUUGUGCAUGUAAUCUAUCAUCUUUAUUACACAAAAAAGCACGCAAAACAUCAUAUUCCAAAUUGAGAGUCGUCUUUCACUGACCCAAGACCGGCAUUCAAGCCGAUAAUGGAUUUAGAAAAACAAAAGGGAUGUUUAUCAAGAUCAACAGGAUCGUCUUCAGUGAGGUCAAGUCGAAAGCGUAAAAUCUCCACAAGCUGUGAUGACGAGUAUGAGCGACAAAUAAAACGAGUCGUUUCAUCACAAUUGAUAACAGUGUCGUCAGUUGAAACAUCACCUGAUGACAGCCUUUCACCACAACCACCCACAUCAAUCAAUUCCUCUCAUUUGUCAUCGUCUGAUGAUGAAAAAACUUCGGUGCCACCAUCAACAUCAAAUAUAAAAACUUUCACAAACACAAUUGGUCAAUUGAAAGUUGAUGGAAGUUCAACAGCAUCAUCAUCAUUCGCCGUCAAUCAACGUGAUAGUCAAACUGUAAAUAAUUCUAGUAUUAAGAAAAUUGUCAAUAGCAAAAGCAUCAAUAACAGCAACAAAUCAGUGCCAGUUGAAGUCGCUCCAUCACCAGCUGAAUCGAUAUCAACAACUCAUACUGUUAGUGAAGUUUCAGAUUUUGAUGUGAUCACAGAUUUAGAUCGCGAUGAAUAUGACGAGGAUGACUACGGUAACGUUUAUAGUCCUUUCGAAGGAACUAAAUUGACAGAUGAAACUGCAUUGAUAUUAGCAAGCAAAGGAGAAAAGACGCCACACACAUUAAAGAAACGACCAACGAAUGUGAUCUGUUACAAAACAAAAAUUGAUGACUCAGUACCAUGCUAUGUGACACCAACAAGUGAACAACGACUUUGUCCUCUUCCCAUGCUGCCAUGGGCAAAUCGUGAAGCUGUAUGGACAAAUAUGGUGCGGAAAGAUGAGAAAGCUUCUUUGAGCCGUGAUGCUAACAUGUUUGAUAAUCAUCCAGGACUUCAGCCAAGAAUGCGAGCGAUACUUUUAGACUGGUUAAUUGAAGUUUGCGAAGUCUAUAAGCUUCAUCGUGAAACAUAUUACCUGACUGUUGAUUAUCUGGAUCGUUAUUUAACACUCAAGCAUAACAUCAGUAAAAAUCAACUUCAAUUGAUUGGAAUUACUUGCUUGUUCAUAGCUUCAAAGGUCGAAGAAAUUUAUCCACCAAAACUUCAAGAGUUUGCUUAUGUUACCGACAGUGCUUGCACGGAAGAAGACAUUUUACAGCAAGAAAUUCUAAUUCUUCAAUCACUUAAUUGGAGUAUAACGCCUGUGACAAUAAUUGGAUGGGUCAGCAUUUACAUGCAAUUAAAUGAUACGACGGGAAAGACUGAUGCUGUGGGAAUGGAUCCAAAAUCACUUCUGAUAUUAAACUCAUCAAAAUGGAGCCAAUCAUUUAUUUAUCCGCAAUUUUCGGGACUCAAUUAUGCACGAACAGCACAACUUGUCGAUGUUUGCUCGUUGGAUGUUGGCAUUGGAAAUUUUCCAUAUUCAAUAAUUGCAGCAGCAGCGAUUAGUCAUGUUAUUGACAAGAAUGUUGCGACACGUGUAUCGGGUCUUGAUUGGGCAUCAAUUGCUCCAUGCGCUAAAUGGAUGGAACCAUAUUAUCAAGUUUUAGAAGAAGACGAACAUUUUAAUCCUAUCAAGCUUCAAGAGACAAAUGAUCAAGUUGAAAUGACAUAUGGUGUGUCUCAUGUCUGUCCGAAUCUAAUGCAAGAUCCAUCACCUCUCAUCCAAACACAUUCCACAUCAUUAGACAUUUUUGAUCGCGGAGUUGAAAGACGUGAUCAUCUAGAAGCAAAUGAAACAGUCAUCAAACAAGAGGCAUCGCCUGCACCAACAUCAGCACAGCCAUGUCCGCCUGGAAUUUUAACACCACCUGCAUCCAAUCGUAAAUCUAUCGAUUUAAAUAAUCCGCAUUGAAAAGUGAAUUUAAUUUUUUCUCUCCUUUUGUUACUACUUUCUUUUAUUUGCUCUUUCUUAAGUAGUCAGAAUGAAAACGUCGAGAAAGUUUCACUUUGUGCCAAACAUUCUCAAACAAAAAAAGUGCAAGAAAGUCAUAAAUGUUCAAGAAAUUUUCAAAAUUUCAUACCGAAGAAAACUUUUUGUCAUGACAUAAAGUUGAAGUAAGAAUCUGCAAGAUUUUUCACAUACUAAAGUUGACGAAAACUCAGACAACGAAAAGGAAAAGUUUUUGUCUGUCUGAUCUCGUUUAGAUAAUUUUUUUUCUUUGUGAUUUUCAAAAUUUUUUUUUAUAACUUUACGAAUUUUUUUUGCAAUUAAUUUCCUUUCCUUUUUCUGAAUUUUCUUAGCUUAAGUAUAAAAAGGGCUUGAUUUGAAUAAGUUUGAUGUCUCUUAUGUGAAUAUUUCGGAUGAAAGGAGAGAUGAAAAACAAUAAUUUAAUUUAUCUACUUGUUUCACUUAUAGCAAUGCAAUUUUUUAAAUCAAUUUACAGAAGGGAAGAAAGGAUGAACCCAAAGUCUUACUUAAUCUAUAUGAAACUAGUCUUUAAGUUUACACCGUGUCGAGUCUUUUUGUCUUUGAAUAAUUUUUUUUCUCCUUGUUGAUCCAUGAAGACGAUGACGGAAAAAAUUGAAUAAAAAAAGAGUUUGAAGACCUCGAUUGGUUCAAUAUGUCGCGAGAGAUGAGAAAGUUUUUAAUAGUUUUAAUUUAAAAUUUUAGUUGAAUCGAAGACAAAGAACUUGUUAGAGUUUGUUCAUAAUUUCAAUUGAGAGUGAGUUGACUAGAUGAUUGACAUCAAUCAAUGGAACAAGGUGAGACGAUCGAAGGCAUGCGUUUGUGAAAACAGCCAAAAUAUCAAAUCAUUUGAGUGUUGGUUCUGUUUAUCACAAUAUCCAAUCGAUCAAUACUUUAACUCUCUCAUACUAUCAACAAAUUAUUAAUAAAUGAAAAUUGUCUUCUGAUUUAACUUCAAAAAUGUGUGCAUUCAUUAAAAACAUUAAAAUAGACAAAAAAAGUUUGAAAGAAAAUUCAAAAAAAAAAAUUAAAUAGAAAUUUUUUCAUAAAAGUUACAAGCAUGUCAAGUAAGAACUGUAAAAAUUUUACUUUAA